AUGACCAAACGCCUAUCAGCAAAAUGCCGAUUUUUGUACUGUACGACGACGCUACUAUUGUUUCUUGCAUUAUCACCACAUGCUGCUACGGCUACCGUUGUCGUCUUGGCAACAAACGAGACGUUUCCCGAUCGACUAGCAGCAUUCGGCCCUUCGUUGAGCGCAAGCCAGGGCAAGCUAGGGUACCUGAUGGAGCCUUUCGAAGACCCCACUGGCUGCCAAGUAGUCCAACCUCCCUGUGAAGAUUGGGUUGCGCUUGUUCGACGAGGCGGAUGUUCGUUUGUUUCCAAAGUGCGCAACAUGCAGAAGAGCGGAGCAAUUGCUGUCGCCGUAGGUGAUCCUGACCAAGCUGGCUGGGUGACCAUGUACGCUCCAGGAGACACAUCAGACAUCUAUAUUCCAAGUGUCUUUUUGGCACAGCGAGAGUACCAAGCGCUGCGAUAUCUCUCCAACUUUGUCGACACGCCCAUGAUGGUGCUGUUACUGCAGAUUGACAACUGGCUCGAAUGGCCGUUGAUGCAUCUUGUCAUCCUGAUCUUUGUCUCACCAAGCAUUGUCAUGACAUUUCUGUACAUUUCCUUCAAACUGCGACAACGUCAAAAGCUAAAGCAGGAUUUGGCUCCUGUCCAUGUUGUCUCCAGACUUGCUGUCAGGCGCUUCUUGCGCGAGAAGAUGGGCGAGAACGACGCAGAAGAAUGCGCUAUCUGUCUCGAGGAUUACAUGGACGGGGAGAAGCUGCGCGUGCUACCAUGCCACCACACAUUUCAUACAUUUUGCGUGGACGCGUGGUUAACCACUCAGAAGAAAUUUUGCCCCAUCUGCAAGCGAGACAUCACCGUUCCCGUACCUGCCUCGGCUCAUUCCGAAGCCACGAGCGUGCUCCCGCUUUUUGUUGAGCCUUAUCAUCAUCACAAUCUUCAUCACAGUCAUCACAGCCACCAUAGCCAUCCACUAGUAGCAGUAGACGCAUCGUCAUCAUCACCACUACCUUCAUCCUCAUAG